GUUUUCUACAAAGUACUAAGUACUUUCAAGAAACGUGAUCGGAUACAGUUAGCUCACCCUCAGUGUCAAGAGCUGACUCAAUUACUCAGAAUAGGCAAACUGUACUCCAAGCUUUGUCAAUAAAUUUGUUAAACUUAUAAAAAAACCUUCGAGGGUUUGGCCAAUGAAGGUAUGGGUUUGGCCUUCAGGAACAGGAUCACAGACAUGUCAACACAACUGCAACACUCAACUGAAGUCCACACAUACUGUAGUACCAAGGGAAAAAAUUAUAUCCACAGGCUUCAUUUAUGAAUAUUAGUGUGUUGAUUGUCAUCAGUUUCCAUCAAAAUGACAGUAAAACAGAGGAGCUCACAAAAAUCUCCAGGAAUUGUCAAGCAGCCUUCAAAGACAGAUACAUGUAGUCAUAGCAGUUCUGAAAGGGAGAGUCCUCACCCAGGGCCUCGAAUUGAGUGGCGACGUAUCAUUACUCGUCUGCUGAUGAUGGUUGGGAUAAUGGUGGUUGUGUACUUCAGUAAAGCAAAUAAAAUGGUACCAUUUGCAGCACAAAAAGAAGAGAUAAGUAAGCGGUCUGUUGAGAUAAGUUGUUCUAAAGAUUAUGCUGAUGAACUCAGGCAUUUCCAAGGUUGCAUUCCAAAAAAAUGUGGUCGUGUAAUUUUUGACACAUUGGUAACAACCUCAGAGGUAGCGGCUCUCCUCAACAUUGCUGAGCGUGGGCUGUCAGUUGGUGGCUCUACAGGUGGUGCCUCAAUUCUUGAUUUACAUUCUGGAGCUCUGUCACAUGGCAAUGCUUUUGUCAACAUCUUUAAGUUGGAGGAGGCAAAAAACCUUUUCAAUGCUCAGGAUUUCAAGAUUUAUAGCCAUGUAAAAAAUAAGAUUCAUCAUGCCAUUGCAAACCACUUUGGUAUCAGUAGAAGUGGAUUAUAUCUUACACAUCCCACCUUUUUCUCACGAAUUACUCCUGUACCUCCACAAACUAUUCAUGAUGAAUACUGGCAUCCCCAUGUUGAUAAGGAGACAUAUGAAUCGUUCCAUUACACCUCCCUGUUGUACCUAAGUGACUUUGGACAUCAUUUUGAUGGUGGCCGAUUUAUAUUCAUUGACAAGGACUCAAACAAGACAGUGGAACCUAGAAGAGGACGGGUAUCGGCCUUCACCUCUGGAUCAGAGAACUUGCACUGUGUUGAAAGAGUGACAGGUGGUACAAGAUAUGCUAUCACUGUAUCUUUUACCUGUGAUCCUAAUCAUGCCAUUGAUGAUCCUACUGUAAACAGGUGAUUGACAUUAAUGUUUGCCUGUCAUUAGUUGAAAUUUUAUAUUAUGUUUUAUAAUACAAAUUGUGUCAUAUUCCUUUACACUCAUAUCUUGAGGUAUACUGGUAGUCCAAAACUUUUAGUGUUUUAGAAAGUUUUAUGGAAAUCUGUAAUUACUGUAUGUUAUAAGUGAAUGAAAUCCAAGUUCUUAAAACUUCAUCUUUGCACUAAGCUGAUGUUUUUAAAUCUGAUCAAUGGUACUUUGAGUGCAGUUAAAUUUGGUAUAUUCCAUCAUUAAUUUACAAACUAGCAUAUUAUUUUUUACUGGUGCAAUAGCUAUACAGGAGACUACAUAUAUAUUCUUCCUCUUGGAUAUGUUGUCAAGUAGUCAAUUGUUGAUUACACAGUACAAUAUUGUACAGUUAUGCGGUGAACUGCUGCUCACAUACUUGCCUGAUAUAUUGAAAGACUGGCUGGGGAUUCCCUCCCCAAAAGUAACACUCAAAUGAUAACAAUGGUGCGAACAUUUGUAAUUUCUGUAGUGGGGCUGUAUAGUAUACAGAUAGUCUACAACAAAUACAGUGUAUACGGUAAUGGCCACAUUACAAAGUACUGUCUAGAUUUAUAUUUCAAUAUUUUAAUAUCUUUUGUAAAGAGGUAGGCUGAAAUGACUUGAGCAUGUGGAGAGAAUGGAGAACAAUUGGAUCAAGAGAUCACGAGUUGGAAUAUAGAGGGACGGAGAGGUAGGGAUAGGCUAAGAAUGACAUACUAAGAGAAAGGUUGUGAGAAAUUAUCUUGGGGAUAAACAACUGACUCGAGAGGCUGCUAGACACCAUGCACCCUGGACAGUUGCCAUCAGGCAGUCACAGUUAGCCCUUGCAAGUGUGGAAAAUAGGCAUUAAUUGCUAAUGACAAUGAUGAUGAUGAUAAAGAUAGUAGUUUCAGUCCUAAUUAUUACCACAAAAGAUACUAAAUAUUAUCUUAAAACAUAAACAAGUACAAUGAGGACUGGAGGCAGAUCAAUGUCUCAUCAAAAAGCGUGUGUUUAAAAUUGGGCAUAGUUUCAGAAUUAUGUGGUGACAAAACAUCAAGAUAACGACAAUGAUUUUGUUGUGUGUAUGUAUGUGUUGAGUUUGCAUGCAUGCUUGAUCCUUGUAAAAAGGGAAUGCUGUAGUUGAAUGCAUCUGUUAUACAUAUACAGAGAAUGAUUGAAGGUGAAUGUAAAAGCGUCUGUGUUGCUCUAAAUCCCGGCAACUCUACACAAUGCAUUAUACCCAGGGGUUCUCAUUCAUUCCAAAUACAAUGUGUCAGUUGUGCUAUUUUCCGCACUUGGGGCAAGAGCACAAUCAAUUCGAGAGUUUUUCAUGUUUGAUUGUGUUUCAUAUAUAAAGGAAGUGAAAGGAAGAAUAAUAUUUAUAAUUAAGUGUAAUUUGGAAUUCUUAUUUAGAACUUGCUAGUCAGUGUUGUUGCAUCCAAAGUUUUGUGUUGUUUAAAAUCAAUGGCAUUUGAAGGUCAUCCUGACUGGGAUCAUUCUCAAAAUUCUCAUACCUGUUAUGUUCACACUUUCUAUGGAUGAAAACACAUGAUACUGAUGCCAAAGUUUAUAAAAAUCCAUAAUUUUCUCAGAUUCCAAACUUAUAAGCUCUCAGCCUGUAACAAAUGAUGCUACAUGAAUGAAAUUAAGUUAUAAUACUGAAACUAAUUACAACUAUUUUCCAAAUGUACAAUCGGCCACAGGAAUAAGUAAACACACUAUAGUUGUAAGGUUCAAAAAUAGUCUGGUAACGUUGAAACUGCGCAUCCAGAUGCAUGAUGAAACUCAGCUCCCCCCACCUGUUAUCUCUAACUAUUUUCUGUUUCCCAUUCUUUAUUCUUCUAUUUACUCCUCUUCCUUCC